AUGGAUGAUGAUGAGCUUGUUAAUUUCUUGCUGUCUGACGACAUAGUCCAGAAGGCGAGUAAAAGAGAGAAGAAGUCGCGAUGGCUCAGAGAUAGCAAUGCAGCUGCUGAUCUGGUUGACACUAAUAAUGCUAGUCCUGCUGUAGAGGGAAAGUCUGAGAAUGUGAGAAAUGGGAACGAUACGUUAGAGGUGGAUGAGCUGGAAGUGGAUCUAGAUAACCUGAUACUAUCUUCGGGAACCGCGCAUGGUACUAAGAGUAAGAGGCCAAAGAGGACAAGACUAAAGGAAACAACUGAGAAUAGCAACAAAGAUUUUCUCAAGCUGCUGAAUGAAAUAAUAGAUAAAGAAGUGAAAGAAGAGAGACUGAUAGUGGGCAAUGGCGGUUCUAGUCCCACAGAUAGUGAUCUUACAUUGAAGAAAAAGAAGAAGAACAAGAACAAGAAGACGAAAAAUACAGGAAGAAAAACAGUAGAAACCAAUGCUAAAGAUGAUGACAGACCUUUUGAGAAAGUUAUGGAUAUGUUUUUGAAAGAUGAGAAUGGAAUACAAACAGAGUUACCAAAAGCUGAAGGAAAUAGUACCAAUGAUAGCAAAGAAUUGAAAGCUAAGAGGAAAAAGAGCAAGAAAAAGAAGCCAACGAAGCAAAUUACCGUAGAAGAAAUCCCUGAAACUCCCCAACAAACCCAAAAUGCAAUACAUAAUUCUGAUGAAGACUCAAAAAUUAUCAUACAGCGUAGGAAGAAGGAUAAAAAAUCAAAAAAGAAGAAGAAGGAAAAGAGCCAUAUCGACAUUGGCAAAGGAGAAGGCAAUGAGAAUCAUGAUGAAACCUCAGAUAAGACAUUUAAGAAGGAAAAGAAACUUAAAGCCAAAAAACAUGAUGAAGAUCAAUUGAAACAUAUUGAGACUAAUAUGAAGAUACAUAAUGCUGAAGAUGACAUAAACAACGUUACGAACUCAAAUUCAACAUCACAUCCAAGUCUUUCUAAGAAAUCCAAGAAGAAGAAAAAGAAACUAAUCGAAACUGAUGAACAUCACGACAAGCCUGAAAUAUCAAUAGAGAAAGAAAAUGGAGGCAGCAGUAUCAAAAGCAAAAAGAAUCGUACCAAACAGAAAAGUAAACGAUCUCAUGUAAAUACAGAAUCCGCGCCCAUUUCUGUUGAAUUUUAG